AUGUUGAAGCUCAACAUUCUGCUUACGCGUACGGCCAUAGGGAGCAGCAGACUCUGUUACAAGCCAUGCAUAAUACAUCCCUACAUACUCGCUCAUCGACAUUCCUCCACCAACCAACCAUUAAAUCCAUCCUCAAAUAACGUGCCGAACAAGAACGUGGACGCAGACAGCAAACCAACGAUAUUAUUGACCGAAAUCGUACAUGGAAGACGCAGAGUAUACAAGCAUCUGCCAAACACUACCAAUCUGAUCUGGGAUUGGAUACCUUCAUCGGGAUUGUCCUUCUUCGAACAAAUUCUGCCACGCAGAGUCGCUGCGUACUUUCGAACCCUGUUUCUGCCUGUGGGCUAUCCUGAAUCCGUGCAUCCCACCUAUGCCAAAGUUCACUUUUGGCAGUUUCUCGAGACCUAUGUUGGUAGCAUGGUCGGUGUACUAUGUAGUGAAGCCAUGUUGACUUCGCUAGGAGUUGGCGCACCUGCUGCAGCUGGUGGUGCUGUCGCCAUACAGUGGGUGCUGAAGGACGGAUUUGGUGAAAUUGGAAAGCUGUUCUUCAUUCAACGUUUUGCAAAAUCUUUUGAUUCACAUCCUAAAUCGUGGAAGAUAGUGGGCGAAGCCUCGUCGCUGUUUGGAUCAUUUGUGCAACUUAUGACGGUGGUUGCUCCAGCGUCGGCGUUCUUACCACUUGCAUCACUGGGAUAUGCUUGUCGGUCGAUUCACUUCUCGAUCUGGGCUGCAACGCAUAUGACUUUCACUCGAAAUUUUGCAUUGCAAGGAAACGUCGGAGAUCUUGUAGCAAAAGACGACAGUCAGAUGUCGGUUGCUCAUCUCUUCGGACUGGUGUCUGGUGUCGGGCUUAUAAGUCUCUCACACUCCCCGACAGCCUUAUUUACCAUGUUUGCUAUUCUGGGGCCUCUCCAUUAUUUUUCAACAUUGAGACUUGUACGAGAAGCCCAAUUCGAGGUACUGAACGGCUCGAAACUCGUCUUAAUUUCAGAUGCCUUCCUGCAUACGAAUCGAGUACCGUCUAUGAAGGAGCUAAAGCCCAGAGAAAGCUAUUUUGGAGAGUCGAUAAGGUUGGGUGAGAAAGUGCCGACUGUUGUCUUGGGAGAUGUGGUUCGUAAAGCCUUUGAUAGUUCUGCACAAGUGCAAAUUGCGUUGGACGUGUUGAGGAAUGAGAACUACCUCAUAUCAAGAAAAUCAGACGGCAAAAUCUGUGUAGUCUUACACACAGACGCGGCUGCCAUGGACGUGAUAAAAGCAGUCCUCCACUCUCUCCGAUACCACCACGAUCUCUCCGUAAACGCAUCCCAAGAACCUCAACAAAUGACCUUCAACCCAUCACAUGAUAAAAUAGCAUUGCGGUCAUCUCACGAAUGGACAGAAGCCAACUUUCCGAGAUUCGUAUCUGAAUUAGACGAUAAGGACUGGCAGUCUGAUGCAGUGUUUUGGGGUGAUUCUGGGUAUAGAGUCAAUUGGACUAGACCAGCCAAGGAAUCUGAAGAGCAAGUCGUGCCGCCUGCAUCGACCGUUGAGUGA